GCCUGCUAGCUCCCAGGUCCCCUCUGGCACUUUAAGUGCUGUUUACCCGAGGAAAGGCAUGGCCGGUCUGGAAGAGCCUGGUGCUUUUUAAAUGGAAUAGAAAAUUUCACACUCUUAUACACUGCUGAUGAUCAGUUGGCCUGGAGAAACACUGAAGCAUGAGAACGGAGGGGAGAAACCUCACAGUGCUACAGCAUGGCAACUUGUCACAGGUCAUCCCUCCUGCCCCCGCAUGGCUACCCCUUACUUCACACAGAAACGGUUCAUUGGUGGCAUCUCCGGCCCCAAUCACUGAGAGGCCCAAACACAGCGGGAUCGUACCAGGUAUGAUAGCUGCAGGGAUCUUUAUAAUCUUGCUGCUGGCUCUCUACGCUAUCCUGUGGAAAUGCAUGGUGUCUCCACCCAAAAGGGGAAAAAGGAAGCGGAUCUUAAAGGGGGCCAAUGCAACAGCGUGACCUCACCGAAGUCAAGCUUUUCCUGGAGCUGUAUUUUUAUGAGCAGACAUUUUGUUUCGUGAACUUUAAUGAACAAAAGUUCUAGACAUGGCUCUGUAAAAACCUCCUGAUGACCUGCACUGUUCUGUGGGACAACAAAAGGUUUUUUUUUAUUCUGUGUGAGGCCACGAUUCUUCAGACUGUGGCCUAAUCGGGAAAAAAAAUUUGUGGUAUCAUGGCCACUAGAUGGCAGUACGGUGUAUGUUUUGGUGACAUUCCCUAGCCUCUGGGAUUUAAAAAAAAUGCAUGUAUGGACUGGAUGAACUAAAAUGAAAGUUCUUGCAGAUGUUCUGUAAAAAUGUUGCUCCUUAUUUCAAGGGACAUUUGAGUAUUUUUAUCACACCUUUGUUGCUUUCCCCCUCAAUGCCUUGGAAGUGAGUAUCUUCUAUAUGAAGUGUCAGACUGCACAGGAAUAGGGUGUAGAAAAGCAUGGACAGCUCUUCCUGUUUGGACUUUCCCUUGGCAGCAAAAACAAUAUAUUUAAAUGAUUUCCUUGGCUAGAAUCUUAACUAGCUGGCUAAUCAUCUAAUCAGCUAUUGGCAGGGCCGGGUGGUAUAAAUGCUAAGUACAAAAGUACAGGGCUAAGUACAAAAAGGUCAAAAUGUCAAUAUAAGAUUUCGUUUUUGGCAUCCAUAUCAGAUUAUAUGAUGUUAGCAAAUGUUUUAAAACGGAUUAUUUAGGAAUUUUGAAGAACAGCAUCAGAAAUGGUUGUAGGUAAAAAUACACAGAAUGGUAUAAAGUGAUGAGAAACAAGACUGAGGCUGAUUUCUUUCCAGCCCAGACUGUAGAUUCACGCAGCCUAUCAGCAACAGUUGUGCCAGGUGAUUACACGGAGUGAAACCCCCCCUAGAUUUGAUCUCCACAUGAGCUGAUAUCAUUUUACGCAUAUCUUUAACACGUCAUCAGCAGUGAUCGAGAAGUCGCAUGUGAAAUACAGUUGCAGAUGAAAUGAACGUGAAUGAGGUGGAUUAUUUACUCGAUCUACUUUUUUUUUCCAAAAUGCUUUUGGAGGGGAAACUAAAAGUAGAUAGACUAAGCACACAUUGUCCAAUCAAAGUACAAAUUACAAAAAAGGACAGAUGAAAGACCUGCAAGUGUAAUGUUUUUUUUUUUUUGUUUUUUUUUUUACCAUUUUUGUCUUUGGAAGAAACAUACCAAGAAGUCAUUAAAAUCAAUCAAUGCAGCUACUAAUUUGUCUUUAAGAGCAUGUGUGUGUGUGUGUGUGUGUGUGUCUUUAAGAGCAUGUGUGUGUCUAAUAGUUUGCCCCACAUUAUUUAUAUUUAUUCUUAUUAUUAUAUUAAGCCAUCAAUGAGAUCUUGCUAUAUAAUGCAUUGCUCAACCCUAGUAAUUUCAUUGUUGAGCUUUUGAUAGAUAUUAGACUUUAGCCCUUGAAAUAAUCGUGACCAGUUCCCACCUGUUAUUGGGUAUUUUGCUGCUUCUGUUUACAUAUAAAAAUCUAUAAAUAAUACUUUAUAUGCAAUUUUUAAAAAUGGAAAUGGAAUCAGAUGCCUUCUGAGUAAGAUUUCAGCUGAAAUGAUGAAAGUUAUGAAAUGGCCAAUAAGAUGGCGACAGGGAUUUGACCAAGGGGAAGUCAACAAGACCGUUUUUUAAAACAGUAUCAGAACACAGGGGUAUUUUCUCCCAAACAUCCCCUUUGGCUUGUGUAAACUCCACACUACACAGAGUGACACUGUGUGUGUGUGUGUGUGUGUGUGUAUGUGUGUGUUAUCUUUCAGAGCACUAGAGCACAAUUCUUACUAGGUCAAAGUGUGUGUGCCUUAGACAUUUUGAGAGGUUGGUAAAAACAACAUUUUCCGUUUUUAUUUUAUUGCAUUUAAUCCAUUAUAUUCCACGUUAAUGUAAUUUUAAUGUAUUGAAUGUAAUAUUUUCAUCACCAAUAGAAUUGAGAUUAUUUUAAAUAACUUUUAAUAACUUGAAUAAAUUUCAGGUGUGGUUCUCUUACUUUCAUCACAUUAUGCCUUGAUUUACUAAUUUUCCAAAUAAAAUGUGCUAACAGGUGUGUGCAAUCUGAUAAAUCAUGUGCGGGGAGUGGGCGUGUUGUGAGUUAUGCACAAACAGUAAUUGUUUAAUGAUGUCACAUGCAAAAUAGAGGUAGCGAACAAUAUGUAAAUGACAGUUAAACCGAAACCUGAAACUACGCAUUCAUGUUUCCAUGUCAAGUAUAACACCGAAUAAAGGUGACAAAAAACUGAUCCAAAUACGAUCAGAACACCAAAUAAAUGAGUGAAGAUGUGAAAGAGGUAAAUUUAAAAGAAAACCUUUUCACUUGUUCAUAUAGUGUACAUAUAAAUAGUCCCUCGAAU